CAUAAUGAAGAGAGACGUCUGUCGUGGAGCAAGUGAGACGCAGAAAGACGCAGAGCCGCUGGUCAACAAGUCAACCUUCACUGGCGCACACCUCAACACCAUCAGGGCCCCACAGAGGUGAUCCUGCUGAGCGGGACGGAAGGAGACCUGUCACGCUUUUCUGGGGGAGAGAAGAGUGCAGAAAUCGUAUGAUGUCCGUUGUGGGCGCGCAGCCUUUCAUCAAACCAAUGCAGCCUUCACCUUCAGUUUCGCCUGGCAUCCAGAGGAGACACACUCUCCCAGCAAGCGAAGUCCGGCCGCUGAACACGCAAGAUGCUAUAAGCGUCUUCGAAAUCGAGCGAGAGGCGUUUAUCUCGGUGUCAGGUGAGUGUCCCCUCCACCUGGAUGAGGUGCGUCACUUUCUCACGCUGUGCCCGGAGCUGUCCAUGGGCUGGUUCGAGGAGGGCCGGCUGGUGGCUUUCAUCAUCGGCUCCCUCUGGGACCAGGACAGGCUGACUACGGAAGCUCUCACUCUCCACAAGCCCCGCGGCUCCACUCUCCACAUCCACGUCCUGGCGGUCCACCGCACCUUCAGGCAGCAGGGCAAAGGUCCCAUUCUGAUGUGGCGCUACCUGCAGUACCUCCGCUGUCUGCCCAACGUGCGCCGAGCCGUGCUGAUGUGCGAAGACUUCCUUGUUCCUUUCUACCGCAAGUCGGGCUUCAAGGUUCUGGGGCGCUGCGCCAUCACCGUGGCCAACCUGACCUUCACCGAGAUGUUUUACCCCAUCAGCGGCCACGCCUACAUGCGGCGCAACAGCGAAGCAAUCCGGUUCCCUGAGCAUCCUCUGACUUUGCCACUGACAAAAACUGAUGAGCACGUUGACGUAUGACAUAAUGAAUUUCAGUUUUGUUCAAUUCAGUAUGCUUCACUGGCAUGAAUAUCAGGUAAAAUAUUGCCAAAGCAUCAAGGAUAGUGUAAUUAAAAAACAACAAACAAAACCAGUUUUAAAAAGGUGUAUAAAAAAUAAAAUAAAAUGUAUGAAUAAGAUGAUAAAAGAGCAAGAAAAAGAUAAAAACAGAAGAAAAAAUACUUUAGUAUUUUAUAUUUUUUAAACUAAUAUUAGAAAGCCUGUGUGCACAGGUUGUAUUUAGCUUUAGAGCAAAAUAAUCAGUGUUGUAGGAUCUUUCAUGGUUUUCUUGGAAUAAUUUUUCUGUGAACAAUAAAAUAAGAAUGUAGGCUUACUAUAUAAUGUAAUAAUCUGCUAUAAUGUGAUGUGUUAUAUAUGAUCAUGUGUACAGAGUAAAGUAGUGUGCUGAAGUCUGUAACAGAAGUUACACGUUGCGUUCGUGGCAGACAUUUGGACUUGUAUGAUAAGCUGUCUCCUGCUCAGCACCUUUCUGGGCUUCCCACAACUAUGGACUGACGUCAGUGACCAGGCUUUAGCCGCUCAAUAGCAGCUCCUCCAGCUCUAUUAGGGGCUUUAGCUAUUGUAAACAUCAGAGGAUUUAGAAGAAGAUCCACUCAUCAGUUAAGGACCGUACUUAAACCAACAUGUACGCUGCAGGUCUGGGUUAUAGCUUUGUGUUGUUUAUGUGUGUGUCUGUCACAGUAUCACAAUUUCAAUAAAAAGUGUUUUAUACUGUU